UAAGGUUACAUUGAAGCCCCCCUCCUGUCCUAUAUGCUUCCUGAUCUACACCCAUCAUGGGCAGGGAAAACUUUUAGGCUGCAUCUGCACCUCUCCUCUGGUCAGCCCUGGAACUUUUUUCCUCCUCAACUUUUGCUCUCCCCCUCCUGGACUUUAAUUGACCCUCUUCAGAGAACCUACGUGACGGUGACCCUUUGGUAUAUUUAUCCUUUUUCAUCUUCAGGGGAAUUGAACAUCCAGUCCAGACACCAGUUGUAAUAUCUUUUGGUUGUGGCUGUUCUUCCUUGUAGGGGCUCCGUGCAGGGACUCAUCCUUGACGAUCAGGACUCAAACCGGAUUAGGGAGGUGGCAGUCCAUGUUAUUUUUUUUCUCUACAACUUUUUUGUUGUUGUUGCCCUAAGGGAUUAAUUGCUGAAAUUACAUAUUCAAACCAGCAUGACUGAGGGAGUCGAAGCGCGAUCCUCCACCACAACCAUGGUCAUAGAGAGCAAAAACGGGGAGGCAGGACAGCCCCUAGUCAGGGUGUCUAAGAGGACCGUGACUGACGACCUGUACACCACCUUCAGUUCCCCCAUGGCCUGGAUCCUGGUCGUAGCCCUGGUCAUCACCUGGUCCUGCGUGGCCAUCAUCAUGUUUGACCUGAUGGACUACAAGGGCAUCACAGGAAGCAUUCAGCAUAUCAGCUCAGAUCCCAUGAAAGUGGUGAACGAGGCGGUGGAGGAGUCCACUGGCUGGGGCAACCUGCUUCUGACCUUUGCCUCCAACCUGGUAGCACCUGAGGAGGAGGAGGAAAUCGAAGGUGAGAUACAUCCGGUGAAGAAAAAAGUUGCAGGGAUGUUUGCAGAGGAAAAAGAACCAGUUGCUAAAGUAGAGGACGAAGAAGAAGAUGAAGACGAGGAUGAGGAGGAUGAGGAAGAAGUGGAAGAUUAUGAUGAGGAUGAGGAUGAAGAAGAAGAGGAGAAUGAGGAUGAGGUUGAAGGGGGAGAAGAUGAGGAUGAAGAAGAAGCUGAGGAUGAGGAUGAGGAAGAAGAUGAAGAAGAGGACAAGGAAGCAGCAGCUGAGGUUGAGAUAGAUGAGGAUGAGGAUGAGGAUGAUGAUGAUGAUGAAGAGUAUGAGACUCCCAUUCUGAUUGAUGUUGAUGACACAGGGACAGACGCUUCUGCUGGAGAUGAUGACAGAGAGGAUGAUGACACCACAGCUGAAGCUGAAACUGAAGCAAUUACAGAUGAGGAUGCCAGUGAUACUGCUGUUGCUUCCAGUGAUGAGGACCAUAAUGAAAAGGAUGAAACCAAUGAUGCCAGUGCUGAAGUCACAGAGGAUGCUCCUGCUUCUACUGCAAAUGACAACGACGAUGAUGAUUAUGGUAAAGAGGAGGAAAUUGAUGUCACAGAAGAUGUUGUUUAUGACAUCCAGGACGAUGACAUUGACAUUGUUGCUGAACAAGCAGAUGCUGUUGCCUCUUCUGCAGAUGAUGAUGAUGAGGAUAAAGAUGAUGAGGAAGAUGAUAGCAUAGAUGAUGACAAAACAGAUGAUGAUGCUAAACCCAUUGACCUCGAAGAUGACGAUGAUGAUGAUGAUGAUAUCAAGGUCAAUCUUGCUGAUAGUGAGGGUAUUGAUAUCUCAGACACAUUAGCUGAGGAUACAACUGAUGACUCUACAGAUAGUUUUGAGGACACUGAUGAUGACGAUGACGACAUUGUCAAUGAGGACAGUGGUGCCAUCGUUGAUUCAGUUGACAAAACAAUGGAGGAUUCAGGUGAGACUGUUUGUGACGUCGCAGACAUUUCUGGUGACACAGCAUAUGAUGAUGGUGAGGGGAAGGAUGCAGCCGAAGUGAUCGGCAAAGAUGAUGACAUCACACCCGAAGCCUUUGAUAGUUCUGCUCCUGAGGAAGAUGAUCUAUCCAAGGAUGAAGAAGAGGAGGAUGAUGAUGGCAUUGAUGACCUUCUUUUGACAGUAACGCCACCUGUUGAAGAAACAAUAACCCCACUUUCUGAAGAGGCUAAAGAGACUGAAGUAGAGGAAAAGACAGAAGAGAUCCAAGAAGCACCAGAAGAGGAGGAGGAGGAGACUGAGGAACCAUCUGCUGAACCAGAGCUGACAAUAGAGGAAGCUUUGGAAGAAGAGGUAGUGGGGGAAGAGACAGCAGAGCCCGAAUCCAAGGAGGAGGUAGAACCCAUCACUGAUACCAAGGAAGAGGAGGAGGAGGUAGAACCUGCAGUCAAAGAGGUAAAGGUCCAGCAAGCUGCUGCUCCUGCACAUCAAGUAGUGUGCCCUUGUAUGCAUUCAUCAAAACCAAAAGAACCUGAAAGUGAGCCAGCGGAGGAAAAAGAGGCCCCUAAAAAGGAACCAGUGGUGAGAACUAAGAGAGAACGAGACAUGUGCAAGCCAGUUGAGAACACAAAAAGGAGAGAGGUUGCAAGAAAAUUGGAGUUGGAAGAGGCGAUCAGAAAGAGAGAACUCAGACUUAAAAAGGAAGAGAAGGAGAAGUCCACAAAGAAAGAUUCUCAACAUGUAGAUGCGGGGGUACCUGCACCUGCACCAGUUCCCACCUGUCAACCCACACCAGUCUACUGGCCAUCAUCACCUCCUGGCUGGUAUCUGCAUCACAUAUUCACAGACAAUCCAUUCCCACCUUCAACUGUGACAGCUCAUCCAACUCAGUCAUUUUAUCAAGCUCCUCAAGCAUAUCAAGUUUAUCAAGCUCCUCCAGCUCAACCAGCAGCUCUAGUUCAACCAGCUGAACCAGCACCUGCACCAGCUACUCAACCAGCUGAACCAGCACCUGCACCAGCUACUCAACCAGCUGAACCAGCACCUGCACCAGCUGAACCAACAACUCAACCAACUGAACCAGCACCAGCACCUGGACUUGCACUGACAACUCAACCAGCUUCAUGGACUCAAGAACCACAGGCUCCCAAAGAAAAGCAGAAGGCUGGCACCAUAAAGAAGGUUCCAAAGGAAACGACCAAGGCAGCUGCCCCAAAGAAGGACACUGUGGUGUCCAAAGAGAAGGUCAAACCAGCUGUUGUAAAGAAAGAAGCUGUUGUCUCCAAAGAAAAGACAAAACCUACCACGAUGAAGAAAGAGGUUGUUGUUUCCAAAGAUAAAGCUAAAACAACAGCUGCCAAGAAAGAGCCUGUGGAAAAGGACAAAAUAACUCAUACGAAGAAAGAGCCUGCAAUCUCCAAAGAAAAAGUCAAGACAAGCACUACCAAGACAACCACAAGCACUUCCAAGAAAGUUGUUUCAGAACCUGAGCCCCUAAAAGAGAAAGCCACUCCGAGAGCCCCCACUAUGAGGAAAGAGAACCACACUAAUGUAGUGGUGCCAAUGGUAAAAGCCAUGGCUAGAGUUGUCGCUAUAAGACCCAUCCCUACAACAAAGGUGACAAAGGAGAAGCUAUCCAAAGAACCUGAGACAGAGAAAACAAAAGCGGCAGAGAAAAAAGAGGUUGUUGUUUCCAAAGAUAAAGCUAAAACAACAGCUGCCAAGAAAGAGCCUGUGGAAAAGGACAAAAUAACUCCUACGAAGAAAGAGCCUGCAAUCUCCAAAGAAAAAGACAAGACAAGCACUACCAAGACAACCACAAGCACUUCCAAAAAAGAAGCUGUUGUCUCCAAAGAAAAGACAAAACCUAUCACAAUGAAGAAAGAGAUUGUUGUUUCCAAAGAUAAAGCUAAAACAACAGCUGCCAAGAAAGAGCCUGUGGAAAAGGACAAAAUAACUCAUACGAAGAAAGAGCCUGCAAUCUCCAAAGAAAAAGUCAAGACAAGCACUUCCAAGACAACCACAAGCACUUCCAAGAAAGAACUUCGUGCUGCAAAAGUCAAAGCUGAAUGGUCACUUGUAAAGAAUGUUGUUUCAGAACCUGAGCCCCUAAAAGAGAAAGCCACUCUGAGAGUCCCCACUAUGAGGAAAGGGAACCACACUAAUGUAGUGGUGCCAAUGGUAAAAGCCAUGGCUAGAGUUGUCGCUAUAAGACCCAUCCCUACAACAAAAGUGACAGAGGAGAAGCUAUCCAAAGAACCUGAGACAGACGUUGUUGUUUCCAAAGAUAAAGCUAAAACAACAGCUGCCAAGAAAGAGUCUGUGGAAAAGGACAAAAUAACUCCUACGAAGAAAGAGCCUGCAAUCUCCAAAGAAAAAGACAAGACAAGCACUACCAAGACAACCACAAACACUUCCAAGAAAGAAGCUGUUGUCUCCAAAGAAAAUACAAAACCUACCACAAUGAAGAAAGAGGUUGUUGUUUCCAAAGAUAAAGCUAAAACAACAGCUGCCAAGAAAGAGUCUGUGGAAAAGGACAAAAUAACUCCUACGAAGAAAGAGCCUGCAAUCUCCAAAGAAAAAGUCAAGACAAGCACUACCAAGACAACCACAAGCACUUCCAAGAAAGAACUUCGUGCUGCAAAAGUCAAAGCUGAAUGGUCACUUGUAAAGAAUGUUGUUCCAGAACCUGAGCCCCUAAAAGAGAAAGCCACUCCGAGAGCCCCCACUAUGAGGAAAGGGAACCACACUAAUGUAGUGGUGCCAAUGGUAAAAGCCAUGGCUAGAGUUGUCGCUAUAAGACCCAUCCCUACAACAAAAGUGACAGAGGAGAAGCUAUCCAAAGAACCUGAGACAGCAAAAGAGAAACCAAAAGCGGCAGAGAAAAAAGAAGACAAGGUGAAGGACGUGAAGACAUCAGAUGCCAAAGCUAAAACCACACUCUCUGUGAAGACAGCCCAGCCCACUCAACCACACAAAGCUGAGAAGACUGAGAAGAAAGCUGUGAAGGAGGCUAAAGAUAAAGAAGUGAAGCCUCCUGGUAUAGCAAAAGAAUCUCAGACUGACGAUAAUGCCAUGGACAAGAAGAAGCCAGGUCAGAAAGUAUUGCAGUGUGUUUUAAUGGUUGGAAAGAAUGCCCACUACCCUUUGCGACCUUCCACCCCUGCUAUGACCCCUGUGUCGAUGAGCCCAGCCAUGCGGUCCAUGAUGUUGCAGCAGGCGCAGCAGCAGAAAGCCAGAGCGGCGGGGCAGUAGACUAGCUCCUCACCUCCAUGCUGCUCCCUCUAGUCAGUCUGCACGACAGCCUUAACCAGGAUAAUCAGGGACUAAAGGGGAAGGAUGGAUGGACAGUACAGUAUUAUUUAUUUUUCUAUGACCGGUCGAGCUCCCGUGAGUUAAGUCAAUGAUCUAUUUUCUUUUACCUGUGGCUUUGCCGCUUUUGAUAGCGCUCAGUGCUGAGUCCUUUGUUAAUCUAUGUUUUACAACAGAUUUAUUUAUAAGAAAAGGAGUGUAAGUUAUGCCUAUGUAUUACCUUAGGAAGCAAAUGGAAUUGAUCAUUUCUGUAAAUUUCAACAAAAUUCAAUGUAUAUAUGCAUAUAAAUUGUAAUUAGGCUCAAGUUCAAUGUAUAUAAUGUACAUGUGAUAUCAACAUCUUGCCAUUUUCAUUUGUUGAAUAAUUACUUCACGUUAUAAUUUUUUCAUUUGUUACUUUUAUCACAACAUUCAUAAUGACAUUCAUAAUGAGUUCAGAAUGGCAAAACAUCUGUAAAUUGAUUUUAGGGUCAUACAUUAUCAAUGGCACUGUGAUUAAAAUUUUGUUUAGUUUUUAUUUCAUGUUUUGAUUCUAUUUUAUUAAGGAAACAAAUUGAACAUGCUAUACAAUAACAAAUGAACAACAUAGCUCACUUUCUCCGAACAUGUCCAUGUCUGUAUGCUUCUGUUGAUGUGUGACAUACCCUGCCAUUAUUGCUGUGACAUGAAAUCCUAAGCCAUUUUUUAAGACUAUUGUAAUAUUUGAGCAUCAACUAAACAGUGACAAUCUUCAUAAUAAUUUUAGAAAUUGUGUGCAUCACAGUUUGAUCAUGAAAGAGUAUCGAAAUUUGUAUUUGUCUAAAAAUGGCUGAAAUUUAUAUUUUAGAUUUGAUUAUAUCUGUAUUUAGAAAGAAUAUUGUUAUUUUAUUUAAAAAAAUAUUCAUCAAAUUAGUUUGCCUGCCAAAGAUGACAAGAAGUGUUCACCUACAGUAAACAUUUCUACUCCUUGUCAGAUGUUAUUAGAUAAGGUAUGUUAACACUAACUGUAGUUAUCUGACCAGAUCUGCAUAAAACACAUAGCUUAAGAACACUGCCUUAUCACUCAUUACACACACUGUAAAGCAAGGUGAUGUUAUGUUGUCAUUUUUGUUUGAUAUGCUACUUCCAUGUAAAUAACUGCAUCAGCUUGUAUCUUGCUGCUUGGCAUGUUGGUAAAGAAUUGUGGGAAGAUGACUAUGGUACCAUUUCUCAUGGAGGCUCCCGUUGUUAACCAAAAUAACCUCUUCUCUCUCUCUCUCUCUCUCCUGAGGAGUGUGUGUGUGUACUGAGAAUGCAACACUAGAGGUCAAGUCAAUGACUGUCCACACAUUAUUUAUUUUUUUACAACUGACAAUGAUUCUCGUGAGAUGGUGUUAUGACGUCAUCCUGUGAUAUAUAGGUGUGGAUGACUUUAUCAUCGCUGUCAUGUUACUAUCAUGGCGCUUGCUGCCAUGCACAGCAGCCUACUGCUGAAUCAUGUUCAAGUCGGAGUGCCUUUAUUCUGAUAAUGGUGCUGCUGUGCUGAGUCCAGCGCAUCCAUUGUUGUCUUACUCAACUAAAGACUGGUGUCAGGAGUCCAUGUUUCAAGACCAUGUGAAAGAAACUAUUGGGCCUGAGAUCAGAUGUCCUUUAUACAGUAGAAGGGAAAAUAAGAAUGCUCAGUAAGUGGUGGCUUGAGAGCCCAUACUGUGAAAGCCUGGUUACCUUCUCUAUUCAGCUAUUACAUUCCAAUCUCUGCCACUCCUGUCAUUUGCCAGCUUUGGUAAAUGACAGGAGUGGCAAGGAGUGGAAUGUUAGCUAAAAAGACUGGUAGCCAGACUUUUGAAAGCAUGAGAGGGAAGGCCGAGAAACUCUACUUUGUUUUGACUGUAGCUGUCUCAGCUUGUUGUAUGGCAUCAUACUAUCUAUCCAUACAUUUUGCAGUGUCACAUGCAUCCACAGUCCGCAACAACAGCUCAACAAAGUAUUGUGAAGUAGGCCAAAGGAAAAAAAUCUUGACUUUGAAGUUCCAGUGCACCAUUUCCUGUACCACCAGGGGAAAUGCUGCUGUCUGUCUGCUGUGUGUUGUUUUCUGUGGAUCUGACUGAUGGAGGCAGAGUCCCCCACACUUAUCUACAAUGCAACAACAGAGAUUACACUAAUUAUAUAUUUGUAUAAUUAUAACUAUGUCUUACCUUUCCAUUCUUUUGUCAGAGAAACGUAUUUACUCUUGGCAGAAUGGACUUGUUGGUUGACUGCUCUUUCAUUAUGAGCUCGGUCAUACAAUCAUACCUUCCCAGUCAUUAAGUAUAACAAAGCAUUGACUAGACAACCGUACAGUAUGAUGUUUAAAUACCUGAUGUUUACUUGAUUUACAACAUUGCCCCUGGCACAUUGUGGAAUGACUUGACAGAGUACAGACCUCAGAUAUACAUGAUUAAUAAGCACGGAUUCUGUGCUGAUUAUGUUAGCUGUAACAAUGUCAUUUUAAAGACAAUUAUUCACAAACUAAAUAUAUUUUGGGUUGUUUUGUUCUUUUGGACGAUUCAUUUUUGGUAAUUUCCUGUGUAUUAUGCAUGACUAUUAUUUAAAAAAGACAAAACAUUUGUCAGUUAUUGUCUCUGGUUCUAUGUCUCAGUUACACUCUGGUGAGCACUGUAGGACUUGAAAUAUUAGCUUUAAUCAUAUCUCAGUCAGACAUCAGUUGAGCUGUAAAGGAUGGAUAUAGACAGCUUUACUAUGAGAUGUGUACGCUCUGUUGAUUUGAGACGUCCCAUUUAUACAGAAGAGUUUCCUAACAUGCACGGAGGAAAACAAACUCUCAGCCUUAAAUAUCAGAUAUGUUCCCAAAGACUAAUUACAUCCCAGAUGAAUUGUCUUGCCAAAAAUACACACUUUAUUUUGAGCUAUUCCUUUUUAUAGAUAUUUAUCUUGUCAAUGCUCCAUUACUAGAUUCUGAGAGUAUUUCUAAACUAUGUUUGCCUUCUGUAGUUACUGUAUGUUCUGUAAUUGAUCACAACAUGAUGCCACUGAUGCUGUUCUUAAGUUGUAGUUUGUUGUUGUUGUUGCAGUUUUAACGAAGUUCAAACCAUUAUUUAAACAGCAACGCAACAACACAUCAAUCAAUGCCCAGAAAUAUAUAUUUAAUGUAUGUUGUACAUGGUGCAUAAAACAACUGAUAACUGAUUUUUUUUUAAAGAAAAAAAGCAUUUAUCAAUUGUUGCAGUAUUUAUAAGAAUGUAUUGGGUUUUUUUUCAGAACAAUGUGCUCUUGACUUAUUUUGUUGUUAAACUCAUUUUUGUGUAUACAUUUAGCAAAACGUGAACUGCACAUGGCAAUGCAAUGUUAGCGUUACAAAUCGAGUAA